GAACUACUGUCGAUAAAGUAGUAUAUCUAUCUUAAUUCCACCAUUGAUACCACAAACGAGAUCUAAUACUAGACAAACUUCAUGGUUUACGUCAGUUUUUCAAAAAACUUUUUAAAACUCAACGUCUAUAUACAGCGUGAUCUGCUAAAACUCACAAUUAAAGUAAAGAAAAAAACAAUCCUGAAAACAAACAGCAUGGCUAAAAUAGUUGAAUCGUUGAAAAAAUUAAGUGUUGAACAUAGGACGCACAAACAUGAUGACAAUCGAGUCAUUAAAAGGAAAAGCGAGUUAAUAUCGUCGAUGGAAAAAGCAGUAUCUUCUGAUCAUAAUUAUAUUCUUGCUGUUUGUGGAACGCAAAGUGAUCCAGAAUUUAGAAUUUGUACAGCUUUUUCUGACUAUACGUGUGUAAUAUAUUCUGUUGGGGAGAGUUUCAAUCAAACUGCUACAUUAACUCACAAUCAAGCACCUAUUGUUGGUAUUAAGUUUAGUCCUACUUCUAAAAAUAUUUUAUAUACAGCUACCAACAAUGGAGAAAUUACAGCAUGUGACUUAAGAGCUAAAGGCAAAGUUGUUGCAAAGUUUAAAGAUAAUACAGAAGAUGGUAAAACAAAACCUCUUUGUAGUUUUGACGUUAGCUGCGAUGAAAAGCUUGUAGCAGGUGGUACAGAGCAUAUUGCAGGAGAUGCAUUUAUUUUAUUUUGGGAUGCUCGGCAUAGUAGUUCAAAAUUAGAUGAUAGAAAUAAUCUCCUUGGUGGAUACUGGGAAUCUCAUAUGGAAGAUGUUGUCUCGUUGGCAUUUCAUUCUAGUAAACAGGAUGUCUUAGCAUCUGGUAGUACAGAUGGAUUAAUUAAUGUCUUCGAUCUCACACAACCAUCAGAAGAUUCUGCAUUAACUUCCUCUUUAAAUACAGAAUCAUCUGUGGAUAGGAUAGGUUGGUUAAGUGACGAUAAUCUUUGGUGCACUACACACAAUUCACUACAACUUUGGGACUAUGAUGAAGUAACUCCAUAUGCUAAAUUUAAUCGCAGUAAUAUAGCAAUUUUCCAGAACGAUGAUCCAGAUGAUUGUUAUAUAGUCAAAUUUCAUGCUUCAAAUGUAUUUGAACAACCAUUUCUUCUUGCAGGUUUUAGUAGUGUUAAAGGGGAAAAUUUGAGAUGUUUAAAUGUCGUAAAUAAUCGACUAGAAACAUAUUAUAAUAUGAUAGGAAAUAAACAAAUAGUACGUGAUAGCUGGUUACACGAAAAGAGUGGUUCUUUGGUAACAGUAGGUGAAGGUGGACUUAUAAACAUUUGGAGGCCAAGUGAAACUGUACCCAUUCAAAAAAAUUCUAGCCACAAAUUGGUGGCAAAAAUUGGCACUAGUAAAGUACGGGAUCAUCAACACAGGACUAAGCCAUAUUAAAAUAAAAGUGAUAGGAUAAAAAUUUAUAAAUGCAAAAAAAUUUUUGUAAGUAAAUAUAAUAAACAGAAGAGAAAUAUUACGUGUAA